AGAAAGACCGAAAGAAGCAGCAGAAGAAGCUGUUUAACCAUUUUAUAAACACAGGGUUUAUAGAACUUAAUAUUUUCUGUUCUGGGACUGAAAACUCGGAGUUUAUCCAGAUCCGUGAUCUUCUUCUGACUUUCACCGCAUCGUCGUUUUCCUCCCAACCUGUUUUGUUGUCUCUGAAAUGAUGUCUUCAGGUGAAACUGUGAUGCAGUCCUCGAAGAACGAAGCGUUGGGAACCAGAAGACUUCCGUGUCCGAUUCACGGCUGUAAGCGUGUUUACAAGGAGCAGAGUGCUCUGGAGAGUCACAUCAUGGACCACGAGAGCCCGGCUCAGUCCCUGCCUGGUAAGAAGCUGCUGUGCUCCACCAGCGGCUGUAGUGCCUCCUUCCCCAGUAUGCAGAAACUGAUGGAACACACCAGGCAUCACUACAAGCCUAACAUCUACUUCCAAUGUGAGAGCUGCCGCACCAAGCUGCGCUCCUACCGGGGCCUCCUAGCCCACCUGCACACCUGCUCCAAGGUACCCAGAGCCAAGCCAAAGCCUGUGGAGCCGGCGGUCCCCCUGCUUGCUGCUGUGGCUGCCUCCAACCCGGCCCCAAGGACCUCUGAGCUGGCCCCCCCACAGCUGGAAUCGGUGUCUCCACAACAGGCUCCCAUCCAGACCACAUCAGUCCUCUCUGCUGUCCCUGUGCCAGACUCUGCUGACCCUCCUGCACUUGGGCCCCCCAUGUUGACUCUCCAGGAAGUCCCCACUCCUCAACUUGUUGAAGCCCCCCCACAGAGCCCUCUCAGGGACGCAGCCACUAAGCUGGCCGCCAACUUCAGGCCCAUAGCUCCCAAAGCGGCUGCAGACCUGGCUGCUCCAGGAUCACCUACUUACCCUGCCUCCACCGCUGUCUGGAGGAAGAAUCAAGCUGUGUCGAGCCACAGACGUGUCCUUUGGGAGCACACCAGAGGGCGCUACACCUGUGUCCAAUGUGGUCACACUGUAACCAACCGCAAGGAAAUGACUCAACAUAUCAACAGUCAGCACCAUGGCAACAAGUCUGGAGAAGAAGCAGGAAGUUCUGUCCCCAAGUCUUAGCUCAAGGUUUUCAUCAAUUCUACAGCUGAUGAAAUUCUCGAGCCUGGAUUAGAGGCAGGGUUAAUCCAGACAAAAAGCUAAACAUCUGCUGGAUCACCGUUCACAUGGCUACACUGACAUCAGUCAGUGCAUAUUGACUAAAUGGAACUGAACUCCAAAAAUUAAUAUUGUCCAUAUCUGGUUUAAAUUUGAUGUUAGUAAUUGACUAAUACAUAAUGAAACAACA